GAAAACUGGGGCAACGUUCGCCAGCUUCCAUUCAGCUGAGACUUCUCCAGACUCCCAGGAUCAUUCAAAAACCAUCAAGAGAGACUUGGUGAUGACAUCAGCAGCUCUUUAAAGACUAUUGGAUGAGUCCCACCAGGAUUUGUCAGAAGUCAAUAGGAAAUACCCAGCACAGUGUUAGCAGCCUGAAAGGUUUCCCUUGGAUGCAAAAGCCUGUUUUCUUUGCUAAGAUUCCUGCAUCACUCAUUUUGGUUUUGCGUGAAGAAAAAGAAAACAAGAAAAGAUGGACUGGAACGUAAGGCCAGUCCAGAAUGCUGAUGCAAAUACAAACCUGCAAAAUGAAGGAGCAUGUUUCACUCAGAUACUUCCUAAUGGACAUGGCUUUCCUCAGACAAAUGCCAACUCCUCUAAAAAUGCCUACACUCAUGCUGAAAAUAACCAAAUCAUGUAUAUGCCAGCUAUGAAUGUUCCCUUCCCUGCUGUAAAUGCUGAAGGAUUCAAAACUUCAGAUCAAACCUCACCAGGAGCAUCUGUAACUGGUAAUAAUUUCUUUAUGUCAAAAUACUCAGUUAAAAGGCAUCAGCAGAUGUACGGACCAGGUCUGAAACCUCCCCUUCAGAACUCCCCUUUGCGGCCAGAGAUGACUCCGACUUCUUGGCCAGUGUCUAAUCCCUACAGUUUUCCCUGCAGGAACGUGCCCCCCCUGUCCUCCCAGGUGAACACAGGGAAUAAUGUAAGGAGCGUGCUUGGGGAGCCCCAGUACACCAACACCAACGCUUACACGGCGCAGCCAGAAAUGCUGCAGCAUAAUUCCCUGAGACUUGCAACGCUACAUCAAGGUAGCAUUCAUCCCCAGAAUAAUUCUUUUCCUCUUCCUGCUUCCGGGCAACAUGUCCAACCCCAAAUAUUUAAUGCCAAUAAUCAGUGUAAAGUUUUGUAUUCGGUGAAUCAAAAUACUGGGACAAAUGUACAGCUGGCACAAUUUCAGCAGAGUCAGAUGGCAUCAGAAGCUCCUAGAGGAUGUUCUGUACCAUCUUUGUUGCCUGCCAACUGUGUUCCAAGGCCUGUAGCACAACCUUCAAUGGGUGUACCACAGGAAAUGCAAAAUGUACCCAAUGGAUACAACAUUAACCAGCAGAGGUACCUGCUGGAUCCAAAAAAUGCUCCUGGGUUUAACAGUAUUCAGCAACACUGUCAGAAGCAGCAACCUGGAGAAGUCAGUCAAUCCAUCAGGAAUGUCUGUAAUCCAAGUGGAAGUGUGACAGCAAAUCGGUCUUUUAGUGAAAGUUCUGCGUCAUCCCCUGGCAUUCCCAAAGAACUGCUUGAUGUUGUGAAAGAAAUAGAAGCUCUUUCUUCAAAGCCACUGAGUGAUCCUGCUUCAGUUCCAGAGAGCCAGACUAGUGGUUUGAUAAAUGGGCCUAUUAAUGCUCAGAUUGCCUCAGCAGCAACACAUGGAGGAAUUACAAAGGAGAGACUAGCUUGGGAAGCUGAAAAGCUGAAAUGUCUUAAAAAAAGGGUUGUCCUGCUUGAAACGGUUCAUAAUUAUAAAAAAAGAAUCUAUAAUGAAAAAAAUACUCAUUCUCUUCCUCCUGCUUAUCCAUCUUCUCCUUCUAAUUGUCUUCCAUGUGUGCCCAAACAAAAUGUACAGCCUCCCCCAUCUGAAGCAAUGAGGACAGAGAGGCCCACAUUCAUGGUUCCACACGAGGAAAGAAAUGACAAAAACCUAGCCAGUGCUGAUAACAGAAGAUUGGAGGUGACUCAAAGUAGCCCUCAGGUGAAGCAGGGAACUCUUUCAUCGAGCUUCACUCCUGUUCCCUCUCAGAGCAAAGUCCCAGCUCAGUUUAAUAAUCCUGAGAGCACCUUGGAACAAAGGGAUGUGCAUGCCUUGGCCUCUUCUCCAGGAACUGUGACUUCCUCGAGCAGUGCUUCGUGUUUUGCUCCAGCAGGGAGCUCUGUCAGGGCUGCAUCAAAGACUCUGCAAAUUGGCCCUGCCAACUCAUCAUUUCUUCAGUUUGCGCUGAGCAGCACAAAUGCACUCAAAGAGAAGACAGCUGGUGCUACUGCUGAUAAAAUACUGACAAAUCUCCUGUGUAGUGAAAAACCACUGCUGGAUACCUCUGCCUUGGGUGGAAGCUUGCUAAAAGACAGCAAUGAGAAGAACGUAGAAAGUCUGAAAGGUGAGCGGGCAUCUGUGGCUCACACAAACUCUGCUGCAUCAGAAACAGCUGCAUCUGGUGAUGCUCAGCUGCAGACUGAGGUCGCUCAGAAAAAAACACCAUUCACUGAAAAUGCAACCUGCAGCCAGAGCAAUUGUAGUUACUCUAUGGAAGAGGUGGUUGCGUGUCUGCGCCUGUGGGGGAAGUAUUCACCAGAAUCUGUAAGUGUGGAAAAUAAACAGUCAAAUGAAAGCCCCACAGCUAAUCAGGCUUCACCCUGUGACCAAAACGCAAAGAAGGGAGAAAAAAAUAAUGUGCUGGAUAGCGUGGAUGAGGCUGUUUUGCCUGUAACAACUACCUCUGUGGGACAAAAGCUUGAUACACUGACUUCCAGUUUGAUAAAAAAUUUUGAGCCUCAAGUUGCAGUUGUCUCUCCUUUAGUACUUAGUGAACAAAGAGCACUAAGUGAGCAGGCAGGCAAGAUCCCAACACCUGAAGGUAAAACCUAUCCAGUGAUCAACUCAGACAGCAUAUGUAGCUUGCAAGAAGAGGGGGAAAAUGGUUUAAGUGUGGCAAGUACUGUCAAAAGAACUAUAGAAAGUGGUUGGUCAUCACCCAGUGAUUGUGUUCUGGAACAAAUAGUGGACUCACAUUUGCAAGAGGUCAAAGCAGCUGAUGAAAACCAAAGGAAAGUUAGUCAAUCUGCACAAGAUGCAAGACAAAAUGGGCAGCUUGGAUUACAAAACAAGGCUCCUCUUCCUGAAUCAGGCACAAAUUUUUGUAGUCAAAUCUCUCAAGAAGGUACAAGAGACCAUGAAGACAAGCAAGCUGUGUUAGAGGCAGGGGAUGCAUCCACAUCUCUGCUGGAAAAUAACAUGUUUUGUAUUUCUAGUGUGUGCUCUCUUGUUGAAGGUGAUAAAUUUUAUAACCCACAAAUAGCAGGCAUGUUCAAGUCAGUCUAUGAGAAACAGCCAUCAGAGGGAAACACAUCUGGUGCAAGGCAAAAGGAGCAACAUCUGGACUUGAAUAAAACUGAGCUGAGCAAUAACACUGCCCAAAGAGAGAGCUUGCUGCUAAAAAUGUUGGAAAAAUCACCAAGUCAUUUGGAGAAGGAAAGCAGUGGCAAUCCUCCUAAAGCAGUUUCUACCUCUGAACAAAGCACGUCAUUCAAGGCAUCUUCCAAGCAUCCUGAAAAUUCCCUAGAAAGUCUUGCUAACAUAAAUGAGAAGUUAGCUCAAAAUUCACUGGAUUUCUCUGUCAGCAUAACUGCUAAAACAAAUGCACCCGCUGUUCCAGGAGACCACAGUAAACAAAAUUCCAUGCCCAGUAAGAAUAGCAUGGAAAAGGAUGUGAACUUUUUUGGAGCGAAACCUAGUAAAUAUCUAAAAGAUCAGCUGCUUGCUCUAGUGAAGGAGUUUCCAUAUGGCAUUGAAGGUGCUGAUAUGCUAACAAAAGAAGCAGCACAAAAUCGCUCAGCGGCUGAAGGGGCAGAGAACCAGUCUCAAAAAGAGGUUAAAAUUUGUGACAAGAACUCUCACUUGAAGGACCCAGCAAAUCAGACUAAAACUGCAGUGUUGAGAUCUGAUCAGGUUCAAGAACCGUCUCCUGGGCACAGCCAGUGUCCCUCUAGUGACAGCAAGAGAGAAGUGAGUCAGCAGUCAGAAAAGGCUUCAGCUGACAAGGACAAGCUUGAAGGCAGUGUCCAGCCUAGUCAGGAUCCGUGUGAGAAGGAAAAAACCCCACAAGAAACUUCUAAGCCCAGUGAAAAAAGUGAAGAUUGCUCUUUAACGGGUGGUGUAGCUGUAGCAUAUAAAACACCACAUUGUCCCUCUCAAUUAGAAACACCUGGUUCAGAGAAAAAUGAUGGUCAACUUUCAAAAGCUGAAAAUACUGACUCUGCAGAGACAGAAGAAAAAAAAAGUCAAUCUGAUGCCUUGAAAAAGGAAAACUGUGCAGUAGGAGGGGACCUGACAAUUUCUGAAAAAAUCCCAGACAGUAUUAGCAAAAAUAAAGACAUUUGCAAAUACGCUUCUGAAAUGAACAAAAAACCUAGGCUGAAGGUGGAUAAUGAAUACAAACUGCCUACAACACAGCAGGAAAAGACUGGACCAGUUAAUUCCUUUGAAAAGCAGAAUGCUGAUAAAUGCAAAGGCAGCAGUUCGAAGGAACGUCUGCAAAUUGACAAAGGAACCCAAGUGUCAAGUAAAGAAUUAAAUUCUUUCAAAAAAGAGCAAGAAAAAACUGAUCAUACAUAUGCAGACAACAUGGCAAAGUUGUCCGUAAAGAAGGAGAGAGUUUUCAAAACUGAGUCCCUUUCAAAAGAUAUAACCAAACCAGAUCUGACCAUUAAAUCCAAAACAGACAUUUGCCAGUCUGUGAAGUCAGAAAUGGUUGAAAUUAAGCUUUCUGAAGUCAGUCAAGGACAAAAAAUGAAAACUUGUGAAGAGAAAUCAGCUGAAGAACAAAACUGUAGGGAAAAAAAGGAGGUGCUUAAGCAUGAUGUAGGAAUUAGUGUCAAAGUGCAAACAAAACUACCAGCAGAAAUGAAACAUAAAAAAUUGAGUAGUUACCGAGCUGAUGCUGUAAAAUUCUCAGAUAGUAGCACUGUGGACUUCAAAUCAAGACCCACAAAAUAUUCUCAGCAUAAAUCUGUGAAAGUUCAUUCUUUGCAAGAGCAGCCAUACAAACGGAAGAUGAAGGAAAAUAUGGUUGGGAAGAGAGAAUUUAAGAAAGCAAAGCUGGAAGAGGAAGGAUUGAAACAAUCCGAAGGAAAGAGUUCUAAGCAGCUUGCACACAAUUGUUUGCUGAAUGCUGACAAAGCUAAAAAACUGAAUGGAGAAAAUGGUUGGAAACCAAGGAGUUCCUUAGCAGAUUGCUCUGUGCUUAAACUGCAGAGAAAAAGGGCUCGAUCUUCUAGCAUGUCUAAAAGCUUCUUUUCUAGCAAAGAAAGGCAUCUCGAUGGUCAAAACAAAGACAAGUGCUCUGAGAAAAUGUUUCCUGAUAAAAAUCUUCUAUACCUAAACAGAAGAAAUAACAGACUAAAGCUGCAUCUUCAAAAGGAACCCAAAAAACACUACCUGAACAGAGUGGCGUUUAAACGUACGGCACAGGAACGCAUCUAUCUGACAAAAUUAGAGACAUCACCUGUCAGACCUGUCUGGCACAGAACCACCAAAGUGUCAAAAGGCAGCGACUCAAAACAAGAUGUGUCUGUCUCGACAGUUGAGAAAUCAUGCAAGCAGGAAGUCCUUGAGUUCAAGCUGUGCCCAGAGAUCCUGUUCAGGAAUCCAGCCCCUGGUGAAGAAAGCUUAGCUGCAAAGAAUUCUCCAGAAAGAGAUAAAGUCGUUGUAGAAGGUGUCAAGAGUAAAAAAGAAGAUUGGUUAAAAUGUGAACCAGUGAAGCAAAAGAAACUGGAAGAGAUCUCUACAGCUAAGGACAGUAUUCCCCUUGAUACAGCUAUACAGAUCCUGGAAGGAGAAGGAGAGACUCUUCACAUUCCGGUCAAAGACUCAAAAGAGAUGUUUCAGACCUACAGGAAAAUGUAUCUGGAAAAAAAGAUGCAGAAGUCUUGAUAGCACUCCUGUAUCAAAGGUCUUACU